GAACCACUUCGCAUACAUGCCCGUGAAGUCGUCCUCUGUGAUGUGUUGCAGCACCUGAGCUCGUUCGGACUGUGUUUCCUCCUUUUGUUAGUUUCAAAAUUUUGACAUUUUUAACACCUGUGCGUGAAGGUGUGUGCUAAAGAUGACAGCCAGAGGGAGUCAGAGCCGCUUCCUGCAGAGUGUUCUUCGAAACGGCGUCGGUCGGUACGUCUGUCAGCUCAAACGGAUCUCCAUCAUCUUCUCCAAAAAGGCGCAGGGCUCUUUAGGAGUCAGGGAGUUCAUAGAAGAGGGAGUGGUGGACUACGCCAAGAAAAACCCUUCAACUGUCGUGUACGUGUCUCCACAGACGAGCAGGAUACCCAAAAUAGUUGCAGAAUACUUGAACGGCAAUGUGAGGGAAGAGAUCGUCACAAACAAAACAUCUCCGCAGAUUUUGGAGCUUUUGACCAAACUGACCAAUCAGUCUGGCCUGGAGAUCGUCCGCAUCCGCAAGCCCUUCCACACGGACAGCCCGAGCAUCCAGGGCCAGUGGAACCCAUUCACCAACCGGCCUCCAUCUAUCGGCCCCAUCAGACCGCAGAAACAGGACUCUCCAUAAGGACUCACUUCGGAUGUCAUGUCUCAUCCUUCCUGCAAGAUUUGUCUUUUUUUUUUUUUUCUAAUGUCUGCCCUUAACAAUAAAUAAUAUUUUCAGCAAAUUUCCCCAACUCAUUCGUUACAUAUUCUGCAAACUACGAUGUGAGUUUUUAUUUUUAAUAUGCCCUUCUGUCGUCCGGGCUGAUGGCCCUUCAGCGGUUCAGGAAAGAGCACACUGCUCCAGAUCUGAAUGCCACAUUUAAAUAGACUCUACAAGAAUCCAGCACUUGAGGCUUGUCAGCAGGAAUUGUUAAAAAAAAAAAAGCAAGUAACUGCUUUUUAAUCUCAAGGAUAUUUGAAGAUGUUUUUGUAGAAGGUGCAGCAGCAGCAGCAGCGCUUGGGAGAAGUUGGAAUGAAAAAAAUAAAAUAAAAAAAUUGUGCACAUGCUGCCUUCUGGUGUUUAAAUUUAGAUGUUCUCUUUUGAGUUGUGUUUGAACAGCUUGUCAGGAGAAGAUCAACAGAGCAAAGCUGAUGUACAGUGGUGUUACGUCUGACCGAUUUAACUGCAGUUUACUAACCUCGACGAAAAAGAGACAGACGGCAGAUGAUCACCCUUUAUAUUUGAACUACUAGAGGAAUGUACAUGUUUUCAUACUGAGGUUUGAAGGUUGUCACAUCCUUAGAUGACUCAAUCUUAAAUGAACAUGACAGAUGGUUGUGUGAUAGCCUGAAGGACGAGUCUUAACCUCCUCCUGUCCUCUGUUUCAGCUGUGAGGGGACAGAAAACUCCUCCAGUGGGUGAUCCCCCCCCCCCCCAAAAAAAAUAAAAAAUUUAACAAGACUGAUGCUGGCGAAAUGACUCACUCCUCUCUUUGCAGUUCUUACCCAGAAUUCAUCAUAAUUUGAAAGCGAAGGCAGACGAGGUGACCCUGCUUCCCCCUCAACAAAUGACCUCUGUGUUCUUCACCACAACUUCUAAUCACCAGGUGAAUACAAAUGAGCUGAGUUUUCAGAGAGAACUUGAAAGGUGCCCCUAGGACAGAUCGCUUGUUUCUGAUGAUUGAUGACUUCUAAUCUGUUGGUUUAUACUGUGUAUAUUAUAUAACUCCAGCCACAGGGAAAUGGUUUGGUUAUUAUUUGUGAAAAUGUAUGUACAAUAGAAACGUGAGAUGACUGCAGAGGAUGGUGAUAUGCAAGAAACAGAAAUUGAGUUCUGCAGCAGGACGCUGGUGCUGAUUUCCUUCACUUUCUGCUAAAUUGCCAUCAGGCCCCUCAGGCUGUCUGUCACUACUUCAAUUAAAAUAAGUUAUCUGUAAACUUUUAGGUAACUGUUAGGUAAAGGUUGAUGACGCAGAGAAUAUGUCUCCAGGUUCACUAGCUGUCUGAUCUUUUUGUACUCUCCUGUUUUUUUUUUAUAAACCAUAUAUUUGGACAUAUCCACCGUGACAUCACUCAUUGGUUUGUUGACUCACAUUUGGAGCCCGGAUUUCAGAUUUUUGGCUUUCACCAUGUUCAGCACCCACAUAGUUGUCAUGAAGAAAUUAGCUUUAGAGAACAAAAUGUAUAAAAAUUUGAUUCUGCUUUCCAGCCAUUAAUGGUGCUGAUGAUGUCGAAAAGGUUUCUGUUGUCUCAUGCAUGUUAAUGGUAACGGUAAAUAUCAGAACUACUGUGUUCUCCUCACGGGGGACCUGGCACAGCUAGACCAACAAGGACAUUAAAGGCUCUAAAUAAAGAA